AUGUCAAACAAUUCUGGUGUAGACAACAAUUCGUCUGAGUGGGGAAAUUACAGCAUAGUUGAGGCCGAUACUUACAUGAAAUACUUGAUAACCUAUAUGGCAUUGGAUACAAUAUUUGCAGUGGCUGGUACAUCGAUCAACGUUUGGUUUCUCACAGCCAUGUUGCUAUCUCCAAAAAUCCGCUCACGGUUACGCAACAAAAUUAUCUGUGGUAUGCUGGUAGUGAACUUAAUAGCGUCCGCGAUAAUUUGUCCGUUCUUUAUUAUCAGAACAGCUGCAGAUUUUCUUAUUGAGGAUCACGUCGUACAUUGUUACGUUUAUACAGUUCACAACAACAUCUACUACAUCCAAAACUUUCUCAGCAAUUGGUAUAUUUUUAUCCUCGUAUGUGUUUAUACGGCUCAGGUGAUGAACUUUGAACCCGUAUUCACCCCGCAGUGGGUGAAAAUGUUACUAACUGCUGUUAUAAUCACAUCGCCGUGUGUGUUUGCUGUAUUCUUCGUGCCUCUAACACGAACAAAUUAUGGCGAAACCUUCGACGGCUGUACAAUAAACACACAGGAACUUGUUAGAGUCUACAAAUCUUUGGACACGAUUGUUCCCCAAGCGCUGAUAAUCUUACUGUUUGUGGCUACCGCAGUGUUGAAGCUCAGGCGAUAUCUUCAAGGACACUCUGACACACUCCGAGUGCAGCUCAUAGACGACAUAACACCGGCUGAUCACUGGUAUCCUUUCGUCGCUCUCCUUGUCACUGCGGUCUUGUCUGAUUUCGGCGAGACGGCGAUUUCUUUAUAUCCCGAGCUAUUUUUCAAGCUUGCUUUUGAGAUCUGGAUGGGCUUGUAUAUUGCUGCAGGAAUUUUGAAUUACCUACUUGUGCUCCUCAUCCCCGGAAUUAUCCUGCUUUUUCCAGACAUCAGAGAACGAAUCAAAUCCUGGAGACCUUGCCGUCGAUCAGCUCCUUCUGCAGAUGUGGUUGUCACCUAUGAGAAAAACACUUCGCAGCUGUCACAGAUAUAA